GCCCCGCCCCCCUAAACCUGACCGUCCAUUCAUGCGCAUGUGUCGCAGCCCUCUGUGUGGAUCCAGCCUGUCUCUGUGUCUUUCUCUCACGCCUGAGCUGCAUCACAGAGCCCACCAUGCCUGGACUUCUGCUAGGAGACGAGUUCCCAAACUUCGAGGCCGACACCACCAUCGGAAAGAUCAAGUUCCACGAAUUCCUGGGAAACUCGUGGGGUAUCCUGUUCUCCCACCCGAAGGACUUCACACCAGUCUGCACCACUGAGCUGGCCUGCGCUGCCAAAGUCAGCAAUAAGUUCCAGAAACGAGGUGUGAAGAUGAUUGCGCUGUCCGUCGACAGCGUUGCGGAUCACCACGGGUGGAGCAAGGACGUGAUGGCGUACGGCAGCUGCGAUGGAUCUGCUCUGCCCUUCCCCAUCAUCGCUGACGAUAAGAGAGAGCUGUCAGUGAAACUGGGCAUGCUGGACCCCGACGAGAAGGACAAGGAUGGGAUGCCCCUCACUGCCCGCUGUGUCUUCGUGAUCGGCCCUGACAAGAAGCUGAAGCUGUCCAUCCUUUACCCAGCAACCACCGGCAGGAACUUUGACGAGCUGCUCAGAGUCAUUGACUCCCUGCAGCUGACUGCACAGAAGAAGGUCGCCACGCCCGUCGACUGGCAGCCUGGUGAAGAAGUCAUGGUCAUUCCCACGCUCUCUGACGCUGAUGCUGCUACUCUCUUCCCCAACGGUGUGAGAAAAGCUGAGGUGCCUUCUGGGAAGAAUUACCUGCGCUUCACCAAGCCCUAAACCGCUGCAAAGAGAGCGUCCUACUGCAGCUUUUCUGUUUCAUGAAACAUAAUGUAGAGUUGACCAUAACCAAUAGUUGCACUCACCUGGAUUGGUGGCUACUGCUGCCUGUCAGCCAAUGUUUCCAGCACUGAACUAUACUGUGCCUUUUUCAGUCAAAAUAAACACAUUUUCUCACUUUA